ACGGCAUGGAUCUACUGUAUUUUUCCAUUUAGAAAGUGAUUAAACUCACUCUAUGUCGAUGUGAAAUGAAUUUGAAUUAAUUUUCUGAAAGCGCGAGCUUUUAAAGACGAGUUCCAAACAGGAAAGGUCAAAGUGGAGUCCAGCGCGCGCACGAUUAAAAGCAGACAGGAAGUGUGUGAAUACACUUCCGGUCUGCCUUUUCUUCAAAGAAACAUGUUUUGAAACAUUGACGCUAAACGACGUUUUUUCCAGAGAAAAACACGACGUAAACAAACAGCAGCGCAACAUGAACUACGUACCGGGGACCGCGAGUCUCAUCGACGACAUCGACAAGAAACACCUGGUGCUGCUCAGAGACGGCAGAACUUUGAUCGGUUUCCUCAGAAGCAUCGAUCAGUUUGCCAAUUUAGUUUUCCAUCAGACAGUGGAGCGGAUCCACGUGGGGAAGAAGUUUGGUGACAUUCCCAGAGGAAUAUUCAUCGUGAGAGGAGAGAACGUGGUCCUGCUGGGAGAGAUCGACGUGGACAAACCGUGCGACACUGUCCUGCAGCAAGUGUCCAUUGAAGAGAUUCUGGAGGAGCAGCGAUUACAGCAACAAGCCAAACAGGAGACAGAGAAAGUCAAAAUGCAGGUCCUGAAGGACCGAGGCCUCUCCAUCCCCAAAGCCGAUAAUCUGGACGAAUACUGACGUCACCGACGUU